UCUUAUUGCAGAAUAGGACUUUUGACGUGCGUGACCCAGACCUCUGACAGGCGGACGUUGUUGUGUCUUCUGUCUAUUGAAGGGAUAAGACUUAAUUCUACGUAAGCUAUUUUUUACGCGGUGUUUUAACGGCAGUCUUCUUUUCGCGCUAGAUGCAUCCCUUGUAUUUAUUUUCUGAAGAAACACGACCUCCGCAACAAUGCGCAUUCAUCAUGCUGGUUAGAGUUUCCGUCCUGAGAAUUGCAGCCGUUGGCUUCCCGUCUGUGUUGUAGAAUAAAAACGAAGAGGAAAAAAAUACUGUUGGUGCGAGCCAAUUAUUCUGCUGUCCUUUUCCCUCACUUGGACUUGUAUCUGGAUAGUUUAAUACGUCCGUUUUCUAGCUGUCAUAUGAAUAUAUAAAUUAAGCAAAACCUUUUUUUUGACCUUUCAAAGGCCCUUUAUCGGGAAAAAGGAUGUCGAAGCGGUUGCGGAACAGCGAGGUUUGCGCUGAUUGUAGCGUUCCAGAGCCUCGCUGGGCCUCGGUGAACCGGGGCGUGCUGGUCUGUGACGAGUGCUGCAGCGUCCACCGCAGCCUCGGCCGUCACAGCUCCCAGGUGCGACACCUGACCCACACGCCCUGGCCCCCCACCCAGCUACAGAUGGUGCAGACGCUCUACAACAACGGGGCCAACUCGAUAUGGGAGCACUCCCUGCUGGACCCCGCGUCCGUCAUGAGCGGCAAGCGCAAGGCCAACCCCCAGGACAAAGUGCACCCAAACAAGACGGAGUUCAUAAAAGCGAAAUAUCAGAUGUUGGCGUUCGUCCACCGGAUGCCCUGCCGGGAUGACGAUAGCUUGACGGCGAAGGACCUGAGCAAGCAGCUGCACUCGAGCGUGCGGACUGGGAACCUGGAGACCUGCCUGCGGCUGCUGUCCUUGGGAGCCCAGGCCAACUUCUUCCACCCGGAGAAGGGGAACACGCCCCUGCAUGUGGCUGCCAAGGCGGGGCAGGUGUCCCAGGCCGAGCUCCUCACCGUGUACGGGGCCGACCCUGGGGCCCCCGACUCCAGCGGCAAAACCCCCAUCGACUAUGCAAGGCAAGCCGGGCACCACGACCUCGCCGACAGACUGGUGGAAAUUCAGUACGAGCUCACCGAUAGGCUAGCGUUCUACCUGUGCGGGAGGAAGCCAGAUCACAAGAGCGGACAGCACUUCAUCAUCCCGCAGAUGGCAGACAGCAGUCUGGAUUUAUCAGAACUGGCCAAAGCUGCUAAGAAAAAACUCCAAUCUCUCAGUAAUCACUUGUUCGAGGAGCUGGCCAUGGACGUGUACGACGAGGUAGACAGGCGAGAGACGGACGCCGUGUGGCUGGCCACUCAGAACCACAGCACCCUGGUCACGGAAACCACGGUCGUGCCUUUCCUCCCAGUGAACCCCGAAUAUUCGUCAACAAGGAACCAGGGCCGGCAGAAGCUGGCGCGGUUCAACGCGCACGAGUUCGCCACGCUGGUCAUCGACAUCUUGAGCGACGCCAAACGCCGGCAGCAGGGGAACUCUGUCGCCAGUCCGAAAGAAAACGUGGAACUGAUCCUGAGGGGCGUUGGCAGCCGGCACGGGAGCGAGGGCCAGGACGUGGACCAGCCCGACUACGACAGCGUGGCGUCGGACGAGGACACCGACCAGGAGCCGCCGUCCGGCACCGGGGACCGGACCAAGAGUGUGGACUCGGACCUGUCGGACGGGCCCAUCACGGUGCAGGAGUUCCUGGAGGUGAAGAACGCGCUGAGCGCCUCCGAGGCCAAGAUCCAGCAGCUCAUGAGGGUCAACAGCAACCUGAGCGACGAGCUGCGCUUUAUGCAGAAAAAGCUGCAUUCUCUGCAAAGCGAGAACUCGUCUCUGAGGCGGCAGGUCACAGCCAGUAUCUAUCAGGUCCCGGGCGCGUCCGAGUACCCCGACCCCUCCUCCCCCGCGGCCCUGAAGCGCCGGGCGUCCGGGCGGGGCGGGCGGCCCAUGUCUAUGUAUGAGACUGGCUCUGGCCUGAAGCCCUAUCUCCCCAAGGGAGAGACCCCGUACCCCGAGGAGGGCCUCCCCAGUCUGCAGCCCUUCCCGCCUCAUAUCGGGAGAGGGGCUUGUGUGACCACCUCCGCAUCCCUCCCCUCCUUCCCUACCACCCUGUCCUGGUCACGGGACGAGAGCACACAGAGGGCGUCCAAACUGGAAAAACAGGGCAGCAUGCCGGACAGUGACUAUGACAACACUGCCAACGAUGCUGAGCUGGAGGAUUCGGGCCUGGUCAGGAGGAGCAGGCUGCGGUCGAGCGGCUGGCAGGGCGAGGGCUCCAUCCCGGAGCUGGACGACCUGGAGGCGGAGCCGGACCCCACCCUGCCCAGCACGGAGGACGUGAUCCGCAAGACGGAGCAGAUCACCAAGAACAUCCAGGAGCUGCUGCGGGCCGCGCAGGAGAACAAGCACGAGAGAUCCUCCGAGCGGGAGGGGGUGCGGAAGCUCAGGCACAGCCUGGGCUGCUUCAGCACCCUGGUGCCCUGGGCGGAGAAGGCCCCCUCCCUGCAGCCGGCCCUGGGGCUCCGGCAGGCCGUCUCAGCCUCCUGCUUUAUACCAUGCUCAGAGAGAAUACAUGUUGCUGUGACGGAAAUGGCCGCCUUGUUCCCCAAGAGGCCGCGGUCGGACACGGUGCGGGGCUCCCUGCGCUUGCUGACGUCCAGCGCGUACCGGCUGCAGUCUGAGUGCAAGAAGGCGGGCCCCGCGGACAGCGCCCCCGGCCCCGACAUGCAGCUGGUCACCCAGCAGGUCAUCCAGUGCGCCUACGACAUCGCCAAGGCCGCCAAGCAACUGGUCACCAUCACCACCAAAGAGAACAACAACUGACCAGGGCCAGCAGGGGGGCCCCCUGGGAGGCCCCACAGGGAGGCCCCACAGGGAGGCCCCACAGGGAGGCCCCACGCUGACGCAAAAGCCCCACCUUUCUGCUCGGUUUAACAUUAUUAUUUCUGCCUUUUUAAUGUUUUUUUUAUAUUAACAAUUGGAGACAUUAACAUUUUUUUGUUGUCUUUUUGUUGUUUUCUAUUUUAUAUCAGUAUUAUUACUUAUUUGCAUGUUAUUUUUUUAUUUAAAGAAAAUAAAAGUGAAAAAAAAAAAAGAGAGAAAACGCUCCCAGCAUGUACAGCGGACUGAGCCUGCGGGUCUCGGGGGUCUCGGGGGUCCCGGGGCCCUUCACGCUCCCGGGCCGUGGGGCCCUCGCGGCGUCUGCGCCCCCCCCCCGGGUGUGUGAGAACAGCAGCACACUGAGGACACCCGGAGGGGGGGGUGAGAGGGGUCUUCUCCGGAGCGUCCGUCAAAUCCGAACGCCAGACCGCUCCUUUCCAGACCGGUCGUCUUAUAAUGGGACUCUGUGCGUCAUUACCAGUACCCCCCACCCCCACCCCCCUCCUGUUUUUGGAGACUGGUUUUGCCAUUGUAUGUGUAUUCAUUUUUUUCCAAAUUGGCCUUUGAUCAAGUGCUUCUUUUACAAAAAAAAAUAAAAAUUGCACAGCACUUCCUUUCAAGAAUAAAUAAUACCCCCCCCCCCUGAAAACACAUCACAUGGGACUGAAGAUCGACUUCCGAAAAUGUUACUCGAUACUCCUCUUUUUAACAUCCCAACAUCGGUCUGGUUCCUCUUCAGUUCCGUCCAGAGAUGUGUAAGACAGGACUUUUUCCCAGACUAUGGGGCAGCAUCUGGGAAACAAGCGGAAGACUCGUCCUGGUGGCUCCUUUACAGAAUGCAGAACUGGCUUCCCCCUUUCCACACCUAGGCCCAGAAACCAGGCCGAAGCUGCAGACCUUCUAAGCGGAUAACAGUGUUCAAUUCAGUUCAUUUUAGCUACUCCGUUAUGUGCUAAAACCCCCCCCAGUGUUUUAGCCGAGAUGUUGCAAAACCUAAAGCCAUAACUAGUGUUAUAUUUCCAGUGCUUACAUUACAUACCUCAUACAUCUUACAGUAUCAUUCAUACUUCCUCGGAACAACAGUCACAGACACAAAAGAAUAAGGCCUGAAGUUUCUACGUUUGCCUGUUCCAUGUGAAAAUGGAGGACUUGUUUCUGAGGAGUUUACAAAAACGUGUUUCUCUGCAUUGUGAGCGGCACCGCCGGGAGAUUUCGUCAGCUGCUCAGCGUGUGUGUCCGGACACAUUUCUGAUUCGGCUUUUACUCCUUCCAGUUUUAACCUGCCACGCUUCAGCAAAUACCGCAUCUUCCAUUUCCAAUGCACUUUCUGCUUCUACUUCCUGUUGAGGGCGAACGGAAACGCAGAAGCCCUGGACCGGGGGGAGGCCCCAGUACCCACCAGCAGCCUGUCGUGCUCGUAUUCGUGUCUGCAUUGGUGGUGCUCUUAAGUAGGAAAGCUAUUGCAGUACUGGAUAUGGUGCCAUAUUCCUCCAGUUUUCAUUUUGUGCCUAGAAUGGUAUUUGUGCGGUUAGUGGGUCCCAAGGUCUGAUUAAUGCUUUUAAUGUGUUGUUUUUUGUUUUGUUUUUUCCUUUCUCGUGCUGCUAGGUUUCUAAUUUAUGUGCAACUAAUGGGAUGGGAUGUUAAGAUAUCCUCUGCUACGCUGCCAUCGGAAGGUCUUUGUUUGCGUACGGUUUAGAGCUCAGUGUUAUACUUGAAACUCAAGAUCAAGGAAAACGUCCGUCUGUCCGUCAAGUCUCUGGUUCUAAACGGGGGCGGUCUUCACACAGGGAUGUCAGUCAAGCGGUCGUCAUGGCUGCAGUGGGAAAACUUGCCUUUUAUUUUUUAAUAAACUUAAUUUAUAAUUGUAACCUGAAAAUGUUUGUUUUUGACCUUUAAUGUACAAACCUGUUGUAAAAUUAUUUUAUUUGCCUUCACGUGUUCUAUUUUUGCCUGAUAAUCAUACAAUAAACCAGGCUUCAAAUUA